AUGUCAGACCGGAUGAAUCUCAACGCCGUGUUGGCAGGCCUCAGUAGCUCCUUAGAGUUUACUAUGGCGUGUUCACACGACCUUACUGUAGGCCUCUUCAACUCUGGCGCAGCUGCGCCGCAAUUCACUCGGGGCCUGGCAUUCCCAGAAGAUGUGCCAGCACAACUGGCGGCUCUCCAAGGCAACUUGAAGACAUUCUGGAGCGACGAUAUCGCAGGAACACUGCGGGCAAUGUAUAAGGUUAUGGGAGACUUGCUCGUUGCUGUACAAUCGCAAGCCGAUGUGACUUACACAGGGAUUCGGAGUCCAACUACGGCAUUUGCAAUUCAGGAACAGGACAUGGUUGAAUUUCUACAGGAUAUCUUGAAGGACGUUGGGGAACUUUUGUCCUCCUUCGAGAUGGCGAUUGCGCGAAGUGAAGAUAUAGGAAGGGGAUUUGAAGCUGUCAAUUGUCAACCAGUCUCUUCGUGCUCCUCGAGAAACGGUGAUACAAGCUCUACGCCUGAACCCUUUGUUCCCCCAGGAUUAUCUCCCGAGACUCAGUCUUUCGUUCGCGCCAGCAUCUCGUCAGCGAAUCCAGACAUUGGACAGUCGGCACGGUCAAUUAUCUCCUCAAUCAGCGAUACACAAGCAUAUCUAUCCCAUUUACGACAAUUUUGCGUCUCCGUCAGUUCGACGCUGCAAAAUUCCAUCCACGAUUCUAGAUACCCAGAGAAAAUGCAUGUUGGGGCGCCUGAUCAAACACUAUAUGCUUUGGUAGAAUCAUGUCGAACAGGUCGUCAGGAUGUACAAAUUGCCAUUGCAAAUAUUGCCCGGUCAGUAGAUGCCUUGGUGGUAGCUUCGACCUAUACUUGUCCUAUCCCAAACAUGUCCACGAUGACAAAGGCAGAAGACACGGAUCGGAGAAUCGCUGAGGUCCUCAACAAUGCAUCUUUAAACGAAGUUGCACAUGCUCCUGAGGAGCUUAAUAUUCAACUCCUUCAAGCUUUCGCAAGGGCAUCAUUAGCGCACAUAUCCUUUGGCACCCCACCUGUACCACAAGAUGCUGAAACAGAACCAAGGAUGGCGACGACAUACCGCCGAACGGCUUUCGCAUCCAUGCGCAAAGCGGAUAAUACACUGCCUGUGGGGGACAAAGUAGUCACCGAAGUAGCCGAGGGGAAAUCGGGGAUUGGGUCUGAAGUAGUAGUUCCUUCCGUCUUGUUUUUCAAUGUUCUAGGUGCAAUUUUGGAAAACAGAGAAGAUGAAACGAUUGACAAGGGUCAGGCGCCCACUACGGCAACGAGCGCUUAUUUUUGGCUUUACAUUUUCAGUUCCUACCAACAAUAA